AUGCCUGCCAACAUCAUAGGGAAACACUUUGUGUGCCCCCCUGCCGCCCCCGCAGUGACUCUGGGACCAAACCCCAGCACCUCCUCCCUGCAGAAGUUGGAGCAGGGGCACUCCACCAGCCACCGCCCUGCCCACACGCAGCAUCCUUGGUGGCCUUUGGCCAUGGCAACCCUGCCUGCCCAGGCCAUGCUGGUUCUGUUACCUCUAGGUGUCAGGGAGAGGGCCCGGCACCGACACCGAACAAGUGCAAUUAACGAACACAACCUGGGCCUCAGUCCUUCAGAAGCCACAGGCCCUGUUCGUGGAGGCCUGGAAGGACUUUAUGAAACCGGCCAAUCGAAUGUAGCUCCUUUUAAAUGCAGAACCACAACCAAAUGCUGUAACCACUGUGCCUCUCCAGGUCACCAGCCAGGUCAGGGAAGGCAGUGGGACUGUGAGGGGGAGUCCCCUGCCUGCCCUCUUGCACCUGUGUGUAUUCCCACAGGGACAUCAGAAUAA